GAGCACGUGGGGAGGUUCACUGCCCCACUUCCGGUGAUGCCGAAGGGGCGACUUUGUGUGGACGUCUGCAGGACGUCUGUCGAAGGGUCGACUUCGUGAAGACGUCUGCCGAAGGGUCGACUCUGUGUGGUAACGUCUGCUGAAGGGUCGACUCUGUGAGGACGUCUGUCGAAGGGGCGACUGUGGGGACGUCUGCCCAAGGGUCGACUCUGUGGGGACCUCUGCCCAAGGGGCGACUCUGUGGGAACGUCUGCCCAAGGGACGACAACGAUCGCCGCCGUCGUCGCCGCGGUGACUCCGUGACGAGGGUGGUCACAUCGCGAGUGGUCAGGAUGAGCGUGCGGGCGCUAUGGGUUGUCUCCCGCACGGCGCGCGGCGAGGAGGCGCGCGUUCGAUACUCGAGAUGCUAUCCCAUCGUGGAGGCCCAAGCCAGGCGCCUCAACGGACACUCCUACUCUCCGGCACCCACACACGAAGAGCUCCUCCGCUUACUCGGCAACAAUAAACGCUCCCACAAUCACCACCACCACAGUGGCGAUAGUGAUGAUGACGUCGACGAUCCGGACUGCUGCUGCAGCGACGACGUGGAUGACGGCGGCGUUGGCUCGUUCCACGCGGGCUUGGUGAUCUCUGUGCACGGGCAGAGCGCGUGGCCCCUGCUCGUGACGCGUGCCACCCCCGAGUGGCAUCUCGUGUGCCUGCCCCUCGUCGAGGGACCCCUGGAGCCCCGGCCACCCCUGGGGAUGAUUCUCGGGGUCCCUCAGGGCAUGGCCCUCCUGCAGGGCAUGGCUGCCUUCAUGGUGGAUCAGCAGCAGUCAAAGCCAGGAGCUGUUGAUGCCAAGGUUGCCCAGUUCAGCACGCUCAUGAUCUACGCCUGCCCGUUUGGCCGCCCGGCCGAAACCGACUUCAGAGUGCUGCUGCGGGAGCUGGCCACACCGUCUGGCAGCAGCGGAACGUCAGAGCAGCAGCAGCAGCGGCCUGCCCCGGCAUGGCGGCCCCUGUGCGCUCAGCGAGUGAAGCCGCUCGUGAGGAUGAGCGUGGCGGAGGUGGUGCGCUCCGUGCAGUACGGGCGCAGGGACGUGCCCGACGUCUGGGAGGUGUACGGAUCCGUUGAGUGCAAGUGCGAGCUGGACGGCACGCCGGACGUGAGCGCAAAUCUGACGCUGCCGGCGAACGGCGUCCCGCUGGAGGACCUGCUGCUGCACCAGUGCGUGUUGGCGCCCGACCCGCAGCUCGUGUGCCCGCUGAGCGUCGCCGCUCCCAACGGAGGGGACCUGUCCUUCACGGGGCCCUACCGCUUCCGCUUCGUGCCACCGCACGACGGCUUCGCGCUGUGCUCCUACACGGCGCAGGCGCCCAUUCCGCCUGUCCGUGGUUCCUUCCGCCUCGCUCUGGAGAAGGACGAAGACAAAGAAGACCAUUUUGAGCGCUACGACAGGGAGGGCGGCGACCAGGACCGGUCGGAUCGACGAACUGGGGAGGCUGGAAGUGAACGAAACGGCAAAGGACUGGCUCUGAGGUUGACCCUCGACUUGAGGCUACAUGAAACCGUGAAAAAUUCCUUUGACCACUUCGAGGCACGCAUUCCCUUGGCAAACAGUGGCCCCAUAACGAAUGUGGCUUACAAAGUAUCAUGUGGUCAGUUGGAAGCACUCAGGGACCAGGAUUUGCUCAUCUGGACUAUUGGUCAACGGUUUCCAAAGUCCCUAGAAGCCAGUCUCGUUGCGUGCAUUGGUGUGAGCUCGGAAAAGGAAGCUGUAGACAUUUCCUGCAAUGUACUCGAUUCCUACGUUCAGCUGCGAUUCAAGAUUCAGGACUACACGCUGACAGGCUGCGCCGUGGAUCCACAUUCCAUACAAGUUCAGCCACCAGUCAAGCCCAAGCUGAUCACCGCAAGAGAACUCGUCUCCGCAGAAUACAUCAUCUGGAACAAGUUGGGUGAUGCGCCUAUUGCCUACAGGCCCGAUGCCUAUGCUUAAAGGAAGCUUCCCACUCUCAAGCUUUCGUUCUUUCAUUGGCAAACGGGGGCUUUAAAGCACAGCACGAAUCAGUGACUUAACAGUAACUGCAUAGGUUUAUUUCUCAUCCUGCACGCUAAGAAGUCGGCCAGCCUGUGGGUGUUUUUUCAUAUUUGUAAAGCGACAAAAGAAAAAUAUGGAGCUGUAAAUAAUGCCUGGUCUCAAGCCUUUUCAAUAAAGUGACUGCGAUGAUUGUGAA